AUGGCAAACGAUGUUAGAAAUCACGAUAUACAGCGACAACAACAACAGCAGCAGCAGCAGCAACAACAGCCGUUGUACAUGAGCCCUCAAACGGAGAAUCUGACUCACAUGUAUUCAUUGGUGGAUAAAUUGAUCAAGCAACUGCAGAAGAAUAGAGAGGAGAAGGAGAGAGUAUUAUGGAGCGUCGAUAUUCUUUCUAAGCAACUCGGGAAGCGAGCUGGUUCGGGACGUGGCAACAACGAUAUAGUACUCUUUAAUCGAUUUCUGAGCCAAAGGAUCUCGUCAGGGCUUCCUGCUAGCGAUGACGGUUUGGAAGGUGCAGAGAAGGAGGAAAUAUUACGCAGGCAAAACGAGCAGCUGCGUAAAAUUCUGAAGGCUAAGAAAGAUCUCAACAGGGAGACGUUGGGUUUACUGAGGGCGCAUGAGGACUCACUGGAACAGAUCGUAGCUCUUCUGCGGACUAACGUAGUCACUUACCAUAAAAAGUUUAUUGCGAAGGUACGACAAAAGCUUGAAGAUGAAGUGUUUCCGCUGGAAGACGCGGAGUUCAGUUCAUAUGUGGAUAAUGUCAACGAGAUUCACGAACUAAUGCUCGUUUCAGAGGUUUAUAGAAACAUUCUACGUCUCGCAGACACGAUCUGA